GCUGUUGGCCCCGGGCUGUGAUUGGCCGGUCCUCUGGUGACGUCAGACGUCCCCGCGCGCGCCGAGGGCUGGAGAGUGGCCGCGGCGCUGGGGAGCGUUAGGCGGCAGCGACGGGCUCGGCGGCCGCGCCUCCCACACUCAUGAGGAGCCGGAAGCUCACAGGGGCAGUGCGGUCUUCAGAGCGUCUGCGAGCCCGGAGCUGCUCCACCAGGCUGACCUCUGCCCGGGAAGUCAGGGCCGCCGCGUCCGGCAGGACAGUGUGCCAGACUUCCUCCCACAAAGCCACGGACAGGCGGACUUCCAAGAAGUUCAAGUGUGACAGAGGCCAACUUGUGAAGUCGGAAUUACAGAAACUGGUGCCUAAGAGCGAGAGUGGGAGUGCGGCCCUGCCCCAGGCGCCGCCGGAAAGCCCCGGCGGGAAUGAGCCCCCAGCGCCAGCUAGGGAGGAGGACGGCCCGGCGCCCCCGGGGGAGGAAGCCGGCAUCGCUGCUCCGCGGGGGAGCGCGGGCCUUCCCUUCGGGCACGGCCGAGUCGUGAGUGACACGUGCUCAGCAAGGACCGCGGACGGCCCGCCCCGCGCCCUCCCCGGAGGGGAGCCGGACAGCAGCUCGGCCGCGGGCGGCUCCGUGCUGCAGAUGGACGGCAGCGCCUUCCUGGACGACGACAGCAACCAGCCCAUGCCCGUGAGCCGGUUCUUCGGGAACGUGGAGCUCAUGCAGGACCUCCCACCAGCGUCUGCGUCCUGUCCCUCAGUGAGCAGACGGGAGUUCAGGAAGAUGCAUUUCAGAGCCAAAGACGACGACGAGGAGGAGGACGCGGAAAUGUAGGAAUAAAGUUCACACGGUGACUGCCUUGCAUGUUCAGUGCGCUGACAGGUGACAGGCGAGGUUAUGGGACUUAGGAAGUGACCCUCGGGAGAGUGUCCUUAAGCAGACUCCCGGGGGCUCCGCUGGGGCCGGGCCGUCCUUGCUGGGGAAGCUGCUGCUGCUGCUGCUCGCACCAGGCGUCUGGUCCCCGUCGGACAGGUGGGAGGUGGUUGGAGGCAGCCGCAGGCUGGGUAAAGGGGGGAUGUUUGUGAAGGAGACGCCCCGGGAGUUGUAAGCCCUUCACGGGCUGACUCGGACAGUUCCGAGAACUCUCUGUGAGGCUGGACUUGACCUUGGACGUUCUGCAAGAGGCACAGGGGAAAAUAAAAUAUAUUUUGAAAAUAUUUUAAA